GCUUCGUAGUGAAUGGCAAUUGUUGCUACACGUGCAGCAAUUUUGAUAUAAUUUCGAGUGCGUUUUGUUUAAUGCCAAAGUUGCUUUAAAUUUACGAAAAAUAUGUCGGCAGCUGUUGCGACAGGUGUGCAAAUCAAUGGCCCAUUGAAAAAUAAAAAGAUCGUCUUCAAUGAUGAUGGCGAAGCGCUGACAAAGCCCAACAAACAGAAGCACAACAAAAAGGCUCCAAUACAAAAGCAACAAAAUGGUAAAACAUCUCUAAAUGGCCGGGAACAGGUGAAAAAGCCGCAAAGAAUUAAAUUUGGAGACGAUGGCGAUGUGGAGGAAGUGACCAGCAGUAAGUCCGCACCCAAAGUGGAGCCGGCGAAGAAAGGCAACCAGUUGCUGGUCGACGCCGCUGGAAAAGUGAAAAAACCGCAGCGCAUAAAAUUCGACGAGGAUGGCGCUAAAAAGGAGCUAGCAACGGAAAGCGACAAGGACAGCGACGACGAGGAUGCUGUGGACAAUGACAAUUCAUGGAAGUCCAAGAAACCCAAUAAAUAUCAGUCGCACACAGAGGACGAUGAUGCCCAGAAGAAAUGGUAUCAAGUGCACACGGAAUACCCGAGCAGCGAUGAGCUGCUGGACAUGAAGGAAAACGAGCAACUUGAGCUGUUCAAUCUGUGCAAAGCCUCCUUCGAAACGGAGAAGUCAACUUUCAAUAAGCGCAAUCCCACUGAUGCACGCUGGUUGCAGACGGCACUGCAUAAGGGCACAGCCAAGGAUCGUGCCAAUGCGGGCGCUCUGCUGGUGACCAGCAAUCCGCUGGGCAAUUUGGAGGCAUUGUCCAAUUUGAUUGGCUUCUGCAAGCUAUCGAACAAGAGCAGCAACGAUGUAAUCGCAGUGCUGACGGAUCUGUGGCAGGAGGUGCUGUUGCCGCCACAGCGCAAACUGUUGGCCAUCCAUACGCGUGGCGCCGACUGGAAACUGUUGCGCAAGCAGGAGCUGCACAAGGAUCAGACGCGUCGCAUCUACGCCUAUUGGUACUUUGAGAACGAGCUGAAGGAUCAGUAUCACGAGUACCUCAAGAAUCUGAUGCAGGGCCUGCAGACGGGACAGGAGCACAACAAGACCGCUGCCAUUGUGGCCGCUGCCAAGCUGUUGGCCUACGCGCCCGAAAAGGAGCAAAUGCUGCUGACAAUGCUGAUCAAUAAACUGGGUGAUCCCAUACCCAAGAUUGCGUCGAAGGCGCUGCAUCAUCUGAGCGAGGUCACUCAACGGCAUCCCAAUAUGUGCGGCGUCAUUGUGGCCGAGGCCGAAAAGCUCCUGUUCCGCAACAACAUCUCGGAGCGUGCCCAGCACUUUGCUCUCUGCUUCCUCUCGAACAUCGCGCCAUCGGGUCGUCCCGAGGUGUGCACCAAGUUGGUCAACAUCUGCUUUGCGCUCUUCAAGGUGCUCGUCCAGAAGGGCGCCGUCAACAAUCGCACAAUGCAAGCGAUCCUCCGCUGUCUGCAGAAGGCCAUUUUGGAGGCACAGCCAGCGAAGGGCAACAGCGAACUGCUGACCAAGGAGAUGCAGGACACCAUCUAUCGUCUGGUGCAUCUGGCCGAUAUACGUGUCUCGGUGCAAACGCUGGGACUGCUCCUCCAGCUGGUCACCGUCAAAACGGAGAAAUCGGAUCGUUUCUACAACGCUCUGUAUAUCAAAUUGCUGGACCUGAAUCUGAUCAAUAUUGGCAGCAAGACGGCAGCCCAAUUGCUGCACAUUGUGCAUCGGGCCAUUCACAUUGACAAGCAUGUGGCUCGCGCCCAGGCCUUUGUGAAGCGACUGCUCCAACUGGCGCUCUAUGCACCGCCCCACAUGUCCGCCGGUUGCCUGAUUGUGCUGCACAAGCUGCUGCGCAUGAAACGGGAACUCGUCGCUGGCAUUGGUGAUGUGGAAAUGGCUGAGAGUGCGAGGCAAUUGUUGCCUGCUGCUGCCGCUGAGGAUCUCGACAAAUUUGGCAGCGAUAGCGAGGAGAUCUACAAGGAUGCGGAUGCCGAACAGACUGAUACUGUGUUAAAGCAGGAAGAGAAUGAUAAAAAGCCGUCCAGCAGCAGCAGCAGCUCCUGGCAUCAUGUCAAUCUGAUGGCCAGCGACUCGAAGGUGCGCAACAUUGAUGCCUGCAAAUAUGAUCCGUAUCAUCGGGUUCCCGCAUUUGCUGGCGCUGGCUAUGCCCUGCGCAAUGAGCUACUCCUCCUGCGUCAACACUACCAUCCCACUGUGCAGGUCUUUGCCGAACAGAUAUUGCUGGAGAAGCGCAUCGAUUACUAUGGCGAUCCGUUGCGAGACUUUGCACUGCCGCACUUCUUGGAGCGUUUCGCCUUCAAGAAUCCCAAGAAGCUCGACCAUCAGCAGGCUGUGGAAGCGUCGCACAGGAAAUACACGUCAUUUGGGGCACGUGGCAAGCCGGUUAAAUCGCUGACGAAAACCACAUGCACAGAGGAUGAAAUGUUUAUAUUCAAUUAUCUGGAGCAUAAGCGCAAACAAGCCGAUCUGAUGGAGCAGACCAAGAAGGAGCCACAGCCCAAAGUUGAGGAGGAGACGCCAGAAGCGGCUGAUGUUGAUGAUCUGAAAGAGGGCGAAGUGGAUGAUGAUGAGUUCGAGUCCUAUUUGGAUGGCUUCUUUGGCAAGAAGCUCAAGGAAGGCAGCGAUGGGGAGCAGGACGAGGACGAACUAAACUUCCUGGAGGAGCUGGGCGGUGAGCUGCAGGCGGACAAGGCCAAGAAGAAGCAAAAGAAGAAGAAACAAGAAACGGAAGGGGAUGAUAUGGAAGACAUCGAUGACGAUUGGGGCAAUGAUGAUGCCGAGGAAGAGGAUGCCGAUGAGCAAUCCGAUGCAGAGGCAGAGGAUCAGUCCGAUGACGAGACGGGCUCAAUUGAUUUGCAGCCUUUGGAUGAAAUGGAAGACGAUGACGAUGAUGAUGAUGAGGAAGGUGCUAUACCGAUGGGUGUUGACAGUGACUUAAGCGAUGCGCCCGAAAGUCCUGACGAGGACGAAGAUGACGACGAGGAUGCGCCCAAGUCAAAGAAGUCACGCAAAAACGCCAUCAUGGACGAGCGAGGCUUUGCUCAGAAACUAAAGCACAGCAACGAUAUGAGCUCGCUGUUUGCGGCUGCAGAUGACUUCUCCGCCUUGUUGGAGGAAACGGGCAAGUCCAAAGGACAAGGCACCAGCAAUGCCCUCUUCAACAAGGACAAAUCAUCCGACAAGCAACUGAAAUGGGAGGAGAAGCGUCGCUCGAAUAGCAAAAACUAUACAAGCAAAAAGUUUGGAGGAGCCAAACCCAAAUUGGGCAAGAAACGAAAGCAUUAACUGGGCUUGGAGAAGUCGAGACUUGUUUUUUUGUUUCUAAAUAUAUGUAGAAGUCGAGUUGUGCUUAUGAAUUGUGUAAAUAAAUAACACAAAUAAAUAUAUGAUAUACACUAUGUCGAUAAACAAUUCUCGACCCAUUUGAAUAAAUUAAUUAUAGCAAGUUUGAUUUUA